AUGCCGGACAGGUUUACUCGUCCACCGUUCAACUACUAUGACGGGAAGACUGAUCCGGUAGAACACGUCAGCUAUUAUAUUCAGAUGAUGUCUUUGCAUACUCAUAACGAUGCGCUUAUGUGCAAGGUAUUUCCUUCGAGUUUGGGACCAACUAUUUUGAGGUGGUUUAAAGGGUUACAGAAAGAAUCCAUACGUAGUUUUUCUAUGCUGAUUCAGGAAUUCGGCAUCCGGUUUGUGACGUGCAGCCGAGUACCUCAGCCAGUAGACGCGCUUCUUUCAAUGAAAAUGAGGGCGGGGGAGACCCUCCAUUGUUAUGCCAGCCGGUUUUGGGAGCUAUACAAUGAGAUAGGCGGGGAUAACGAAAGGGUUGCAGUAAGCACAUUUAGGAUGGAGUUGCCCGAGGAUUCCGGGCUACGAGAGUUGUUAACCAAGAAGUCUACCGAAGGCAUGCGACAGCUUAUGAGACGCAUCAAGGAAUACAAACGAUUAGAAGAUGACCGGUUGCAGAGCAAAGGUAAAGCGCCGAUGAUGAAUCAUCCCCGACAGACAGGUUUCCGUUCAGGCCUCGUGGGGUUCUGGCGAUUCAAGAGCCAGCCACACAAAUGGGAGAAGUGA